CGGCGGGCGGCGGGCGGCAUUCUGGCGCGGAGCGGAGCGGCGGCGGGCGCAGCUAGCGGGUCGGCCGCGGAGCGGAGGUGCAGCUCGGCUUCCCCCGGCACCCCUCCCCCUCGGGCGCCAGCCCCACCCCUCCGCCGGCCGGGCCGACCCCGCCGUACUAUCCACUGCGGCGCGAGCCCGGGGCGGCUCCGAGCGCCCCCCAGCAGACCCCCAUCAUGGGCAGCCAGAGCUCCAAGGCUCCCCGGGGCGACGUGACCGCCGAGGAGGCAGCAGGCGCUUCCCCCGCGAAGGCCAACGGCCAGGAGAAUGGCCACGUGAAAAGCAAUGGAGACUUAUCCCCCAAGGGUGAAGGGGAGUCUCCCCCCGUGAACGGAACAGAUGAGGCAGCCGGGGCCACUGGCGAUGCCAUCGAGCCAGCACCCCCUAGCCAGGGUGCUGAGGCCAAGGGGGAGGUCCCCCCCAAGGAGACCCCCAAGAAGAAGAAGAAAUUCUCUUUCAAGAAGCCUUUCAAAUUAAGCGGCCUGUCCUUCAAAAGAAAUCGGAAGGAGGGUGGGGGUGAUUCCUCUGCCUCCUCACCCACAGAGGAAGAGCAGGAGCAGGGGGAGAUCGGUGCCUGCAGCGACGAGGGUACUGCCCAGGAAGGGAAGGCCGCAGCCACCCCUGAGAGCCAGGAGCCCCAGGCCAAGGGGGCAGAGGCUAGUGCAGCCUCAGAAGAAGAGGCAGGGCCCCAGGCUACAGAGCCAUCCACUCCCUCGGGGCCGGAGAGUGGCCCUACACCAGCCAGCAAUGAGCAGAAUGAGUAGCUAGGUGGGGGCAGGUGGGUGAUCUCUAAGCUGCAAAAACUGUGCUGUCCUUGUGAGGUCACUGCCUGGACCUGGUGCCCUGGCUGCCUUCCUGUGCCCAGAAAGGAAGGGGCUAUUGCCUCCUCCCAGCCACGUUCCCUUUCCUCCUCUCCCUCCUGUGGAUUCUCCCAUCAGCCAUCUGGUUCUCCUCUUAAGGCCAGUUGAAGAUGGUCCCGUACAGCUUCCCAAGUUAGGUUAGUGAUGUGAAAUGCUCCUGUCCCUGGCCCUACCUCUUUCCCUGUCCCCACCCCUGCAUAAGGCAGUUGUUGGUUUUCUUCCCCAAUUCUUUUCCAAGUAGGUUUUGUUUACCCUACUCCCCAAAUCCCCGAGCCAGAAGUGGGGUGCUUAUACUCCCAAACCUUGAGUGUCCAGCCUUCCCCUGUUGUUUUUAGUCUCUUGUGCUGUGCCUAGUGGCACCUGGGCUGGGGAGGACACUGCCCCGUCUAGGUUUUUAUAAAUGUCUUACUCAAGUUCAAACCUCCAGCUUGUGAAUCAACUGUGUCUCUUUUUUGACUUGGUAAGCGAGUAUUAGGCUUUGGGGUGGGGGGAGGUCUGUAAUGUGAAACAACUUCUUGUUGUCUUUUUUUCUCCCACUGUUGUAAAUAACUUUUAAUGGCCAAACCCCAGAUUUGUACUUUUUUUUUUUUUUUCUAACUGCUAAAACCAUUCGCUUCCACCUGGUUUUACUGUAACAUUUGGAAAAGGAAUAAAUGUCGUCCCUUUA